CUUGUGUCAAACGGGUUUGUUAUGUCAAACUGUUUUAGUUAUGGUGCCUCGCACUUGCAGUGAUAAAAAUAUAAAUGAAAUAGAUUUUUAGUUGGUUUAAGUUAAUUAAAUUAUUUUAAUGAUGUCCCAACAGACAGAAUUAUUGACGGAAAAUCCAGCACAAUGGACAACUGUAUCCUUCGUCACGCCAGAAAUACAGAAAAAAGAAUUGAAACCAUUUGUUUUGUUGGCGCUCAAAGAGCUAGAAGGCAACCCAGACAGCAGAAUGUCGAGCCUGAUGAAUGCGGACAAAUUCUCCGCAGUGCGAUCAGUAGUGCGGCAUGUAUCCAGACUCCGAUCGGCAAACAAAGAACCAUGGAGCGAGGAAGACAUGCAAAUGUUUCUGGAAGGACUCAAAUUUACACCAGAAUGUGUGAGUGAGCUAACUGCAAUGUUAUGUACGGAUAAAAUAUACAAUAACAUACAAAGACACUUACGGAUAAAGCCCGGCGUAGCUAGUUUGCAGUGGAAAAUUGAUUUUUCUCUAAGCCAAACCAACAUACGGAAGGAGAAUUCCAGCUUAGAUAGAUCGAAGGAAAUCAUACACAGGGACACACAAAUAAUCCUCACUUUGGAAUUGACGAACGGACAUAAACACUUAUAUAGAAUGAGUGUGAAUAAAUUCCAAGAGUUGAGAUUCGUUAUAGCCAGCGCUCUGAAGAAUAUUAUUGUAUUGGAGAAGCGUAAAUGUAUGAGGAAAGACUGAUUGUAUUUAUUGCACUAGCUGCUCGCCCCGGCUUCGCUCGUGGUGCAUAUAUAGCCUAUGUCGCUCGGUGAUGUAGCAGCUUUCUAAUGGUGAAGGAAUUUUUCAAAUCGGUCCAGUGGUUUGGGCGUAAAAUCGUUACAAACAUACAAAAAUGCGAAAGUUUCCUCUCUACAUUAUUAGUUUGUGAAUUAUGCCAGUAUGCAUGAAUUUUAAUGAAUUCAAAGAACCAAAACAUUUUAGAAUAUUAGUUAUUUUUCGUAGGUAUCCUCAAAAAUAGCUGAACCGAUUUUGAUUAAUCAUUCGCUUCUAGAAAGCUACAUUAGAAUUGAGUAAUUCAUGGGUCUGCAUUUAAGCAGGCGAAGCAGGGGGACAUGACUAGAUUUAUAAAACUAACGGUUAUGUAUUUUUCUAAAUUAUAAGAUUUUCACUACAACUUCGUCCAUUCAGCGUAAGAUAAAUGACUCAUAUAAAAAUGUUGCACUAUAGAGCCCUAUCGUCCUGUGAAAGUUGCAUUAAAGUACGUGCAGUCAUUCCAAAGAGGAAAAAUAAACGGUCAAAAAAUUAAGUGUUAAAUGUUUUGGUAUUAUAUUUUAUAUUAUAAUAGUUAACACUCACACAUACAGACACGUAAAUUUUAUUUUUAUGUAUUGAAAGGGUUUAAUUAUAAAUAGGAAUGCUAAGAAGGAAUAAGGGAAGACUGAAUAAGAUUAUAUACUUGUUUAAAUUAAAUAUAUUUAUUACUGUUAAAUAAUUAAAGAUGAUUCAAUCAGUUUUCGAAAUAAAUUGUUUAUGAUUUAGAAAUUAAAAACUUUUUAACGGAUUUUAAACGCUGUCCCCGCGACCACGCUCGCUGUAAAGUGUUCGAAACGUCGGGUUAAUGACAUAAUGAAUAAAUCGCGUUUAAAAUCCGUUAAAAAGUCUUAAAUUUCUAAAUGUAUAACGCAACCAUGCGUACAUAAUCGUAUAUACAUUCCUUUUGGCAAAUUUUAUCAAUAUAUAAAAAUUAUGUAGGUAGGUGUUGUUGAUAAAGCAAGGGGAUUUAGCCUUCAAUUUUUCGAAAGUUAGAAGGAGAGAGAAGAUCGCGGUCCCCUACCUGUCUCUUACGCUACACAAAGUUAGCAAUUUCUUUUUAUCUUUCUUUCUUUCUUUCAAUAUUCUCUCUCUUUCUUAACAUAUGUCUUUCAUUAAUAAUAUCUCUAUAGCACUCAAAAAAAGAAGGGACAUAUGUUUUAUUAUUUUUUCAAGUAUUUUAGUAGAUUUGGAAUUAAAAAUGAAUUAUUAUAAGUUUAUAUAGUCGAGCAUAAAAUAUCAUGUUUUUUUUACAUAUUUGUGAUUUAGUCAAAUUAAGCCGAUAAUAACAAGGGGUCCUUAUAAAUUACUUCUGAGUAACAUAUUUUAGCUUAUACGGAUUGCAUGGGCUGAAAGCUGUUUUAUAAUGCCUUAAACUUAAAGUAUAUGAUCUAUUACGUUGCGAUAUAAACAGAAAAAUAUAUUAAAUAUAAAAAGCAUUUCAAUGCUAUAAAACUAAAAAUUAAAUUUAACAAAGGCCGCGUUCCAUCGAUACAAUAUUGUAAUCAUUGAAAU